ACGGGCAAGGCCGCCAUUUUGGCUGAGCAGCCCUAGUGACAGGAGCCGAAGCAGCAGCGCAGGCUGCCCCGUUCCCCUCCCCCUUCCCUUCUCUGGUCGCUCUCCCGGGCCCCCCCUGCACUCUGCAGCCCCGGCCCCGCCAUGUCCCAGAAACAAGAAGAAGAGAACCCUGCGGAGGAGACCGGCGAGGAGAAGCAGGACACACAAGAGAAGGAAGGUAUUCUCCCUGAAAGGGCAGAGGAAGCAAAGCUAAAGGCCAAAUACCCCAGCCUGGGACAAAAGCCGGGCGGCUCGGACUUCCUCAUGAAGAGACUCCAGAAAGGGCAAAAGUACUUUGACUCAGGAGACUACAACAUGGCCAAAGCCAAGAUGAAGAAUAAGCAGCUGCCAAGCGCAGGACCGGACAAGAACCUGGUUACCGGCGACCACAUCCCCACCCCACAGGAUCUGCCCCAGAGAAAGUCCUCGCUCGUCACCAGCAAGCUCGCGGGUGGCCAAGUGGAGUGAUGCUGCCCCAGGCUCCACCAGAUGCUGAGACGUGGCCCCCCAACCCCAGGUCCAGCGCUGGCUCCCGUCCCCUCUCUGCCUUUGCAGCCAGGGACCCGGAGGUGGCCCAGGGGCGGGCUGCAGAGGCAGAAGCCCCUGCCUGUUGCUGUCUCGCGCAUGGAGCCCCUGGGGCCGAGCCCCAAGACCUUGAACCCUUUUUUGUUUCACCUUUUUUUUUUUCCUAAAUAAUUUGGGGGAAAAAAAUCUCAGUGAAAUUCUGGGAAUGGAAUGGGGUGGGAGAUUCCGGGGGAAUAUGAGCUAUGGCUGGGAAGUUGAUGAAAACGUUUCUGACUUUCCUCCCUCUUGACGCUGCAGCAGCUGGUGUGGGGUGGUUUAUGAGGGGGGAGGCGGAUGGACUGGGGGCACGGGGCUCUAGUUCAGCCCUGUAGAAACAUGCCUGCUCUGGCUGUGGCUGGAGACACCGUGUCCUGUGAAGGAAGCUGUCGACACACCCGUGCAGACAGCUCCUCCACUCGGGCAGAGCUAGCCGAGGUCGGCGGUGUUAACUGGGCCAUUGAGAAAAGUGCUACUCUCCUGGAAGUCUGUUACGGGGACAAGGGAGUAUGUGGUGGGGGAAAAGAGCCGUGAGCAUGCGGAACCCCACAGAGGCCAGUGGACUUUUUCAGCAUUUGAAAUAAUAAUAAUAAUAAUAAUAAUAAAGACCCACCAAAAGAAAAAAACCCAACCUGGAAAUCCUCCAAAGCAAUUGGUGUGUUUUAUUGGGGUUUUGGGCAAGGGAAGAAAAACCAUACUGAAAGCACCUAGUGUGUCCAGGCUCUGCACUCUGUCCCUUAGGGAGAGGUUCUUACAGCUACCACUGGGAUGCAGCCACCUCAGGGUGUGGCUCCCCAAGUGAGCGACUGAAGGACUUGGGUGCGGACGGCUUACUGACACCUGACAAAGCUUACUACAAGCUCAGCAAACAAACAAAAGCCAGUGCUUUAUUUCCCUCUCAGUCUCCUGUUCCUGGGUAGGUUUCCCUGUGGGUGAAGGACAAACAGGACCCUUUAGUAAUAGACCCUAAGACACUGAGGUUGUUCUGCUUAU